AAUUCCUGAUUCUGUUACGAGCAAUUUGAUCGAUUAUUUUUUAAUCCAAAAGAAAAUUAUGAAACCCCAACCGUCUUCUAUCGUCUCUCUCCUGUUCGCAGCCGGUCUCUUCCUCCUCCGCCUUGUUCCAUCCGCUGCCGAUGCCGGAACCUUUCCCAAUGCCACCGCCGAUUGUUCUGAGUUCAUCCGCACUAGCUGCGUCAUUACUCUCUAUCCUGACGUCUGCUACACUUCUCUCUCUCGCUACGCCAAUGCCAUUCAGCAGGACCCGGCCUCUCUCACUCGCGUCGCCAUUACCAUCAGCCUUGCCAACGCCCGUAGAAUGGCUGCUUACGUCUCCAACCUGUCUCACGUCGGUGACUACGGCGCUGACCACAGAGUCUCCUCCGCGCUUCACGACUGCUUCACGAACUUCGACGACGCCGUGGACGAGAUUCGCGGCUCACUCAAGCAGAUGCGCCAGAUCAACGAUGUCGACGCGCCGUCGUUUAGGUUCCAGAUGAGCAACGUGCAGACGUGGAUGAGCGCGGCGCUAACGGAUCAAGAAACGUGUACGGACGGAUUCGAUGAUGUGGUGGACGGACCGAUUAAGAAGGAUGUGUGCGCAAAGGCGGAGAAGGUGAAGAAACACACCAGUAAUGCCUUAGCGCUGGUGAACAGCUUCGUGGAAAAAAGGAUUCCGUGAUUCAAUCGGUAUGUUUUCUGAAUAUAGAGUUGAAUUGCAUGAGAAUUUGAAAACUAUCUGGAAACGAUACGAAUAGUUUGGUUCUGUGCUUAAUUAACAUUGUGUGAGAGAUAGAGAUGUAAAUUUCUUACUAGAGAGAAACUGAAAUUUUCUUUUGCUUUUGUUUCGGUUUUGCUUUUUCUGGAAGAUUUAGUUUUAGUGAUGGUAGUUGUAUUCUGCUGUACUGCUCUGCUUUUCUCUGCUGCUGGUUCCUUCUUUCAUAGUUUCAGAAUGAAAGAAAGAGAAGGAAGCAAUUGGUAUUUUGAUUAUUUCUUAUAGCCUUCUUUCGCUGUAGUGUUCACUAUUGAUGAUCUACACAAUUUCGUUCUCAUA